GCUGCUGCACCUCCCGCCCGGCCUGGCCCGGCCCCGGGGGAGGUGUCCUCUUUUUCCUCCUUCCAUCCAGCUUCACCUGUCAGGCUACUGUAACAUUUCUUGGCUCUUGGGGGCAGCCCUCUAAGGGCGUGUCCCCGUGAGCCGCGCCAGUAGCGCUAUCCCCUAGGCAGGAAGGGUCCGCCCACGACAGCCGGUAUGGAACAACGCUGCGGGAAGUAGUCGCAGCCCCGGGACCCGCUGACCGGAUGGGGCCGACAUCGAUGCCAUCGUGACAGGUAAAGGAAAAUGAAGAAGAGAAGGCAUUUCAAUUUGACAAUUAAGAAGUCAUUGGUGGUGAUCCUUAUCUCUAUUUCCAGGAAGAUUAAUUUUUCAUUAAGUAAUUUAAAUAGCUAUUUUCAUCUCAAAUAGGGUAAUUGCUUUACAUAAGGAACAUGGUGACACUAAUUCAUACACUAGCAGAUCAUGGGGAUGAUGUCAAUUGCUGUGCCUUUUCUUCUUCCCUUUUGGCUACUUGCUCCUUGGACAAGACAAUCCGUCUCUAUUCAUUAAAUGACUUUAAUGAACUCCCAUAUUCUCCACUAAAGGUUCACACAUAUGCUGUCCACUGCUGCUGUUUUUCCCCCUCAGGACACAUUUUAGCAUCCUGUUCAACAGAUGGUACAACUGUCUUAUGGAAUACUCAAACUGGACACAUUUUGGCAGUGUUGAAUCAACCCAAUGGCAGCCCUGUAAGGGUAUGCAAGUUUUCUCCGGAUUCUAUGUAUUUGGUGUCUGGAGCAGCUGACGGCUCUGUGGUGUCAUGGAAUAUGCAGACAUACAAGUUGUUUAGGUGUGGCAGUGUUAAAGAUGGUUCCUUGGUGGCCUGUGCAUUUUGUCCUAAUGGAAGCCACUUUGUUACAGGAUCAUCAUGUGGAGACUUAACAGUCUGGGAUGAUAAAAUGAGGUGCUUACAUAGUGAAAAAGCACAUGAUCUUGGAAUCACCUGCUGUGAUUUUUCUUCACAGCCAAUUUCUGAUGAUGACUAUGGCCCCCAGUUUUUCAGAAUGGCAUCGUGUGGUCAAGACUGCCAGAUCAAACUUUGGGUUACUACACUUUCAGAUUUAUCAGGUUUUGAAUUGAAGUAUAAAUGUACACUGAGUGGACACUCUGCUCCAGUUCUGUCUUGUGCUUUUUCUUAUGAUGGUCAGAUAUUAGUUUCAGGAUCUGUGGACAAAUCUGUGAUUGUGUAUGAACCCAAUACUGGGAGCAUACUUCACACUUUAACGCAACAUACCAGGUAUGUUACAACUUGUGCCUUUGCACCCAAUAUUCUUUUACUUGCUACUGGAUCGAUGGACAAAACAGUGAACAUCUGGCAAUUUGAACUGAAAGCACAUUGUCAAGUUUCUCAAGCAGAUAAACCAGAACAUGAACCAAAGCAAUUUAUUGAAACUUGGUCAGAGGAAGAAGUUUCAUCAUGGCUUUGUGCACAAGGUUUAGAAGACCUUGUUAGUAUUUUCAAGAUGAACAAUAUUGAUGGCAAAGAACUAUUGAAUCUUACAAAAGAAAGUCUGACUGACGACUUAAAAAUUGAAUCUCUUGGUCUUCGAAGUAAAGUGUUAAGGAAAAUUGAAGAACUAAAGGUAAAGGUGAAAUCCCUUUCUUCUGGAAUUCCAGAUGAAUUUCUGUGUCCAAUAACUAGAGAACUAAUGAAAGAGCCUGUCAUUGCAUCAGGUCCUGCUCAGCAAUUGAAGUCCUAUUCUUCUCUGAAUGCAGAAUUUUAAAUGGAACACAAGGCAUUUGUUUCAUGUAUAACAGAGAUGGCAGACCAGGUAAAAAAGUAUUUGAAAUGAGAAGACGAAGUCAAAUUGGGACUGAAAAAAGAAAGUAUGGAAUACAUAUAUGCUUAAGUAUUCAAACAAGGUUGAAACAGAUUAGGUAUUGAAGUAUUCUGAUCUUGACUCUGCCAAUAAAGGAUUUGUUCACUUUAGAGGUCUUUCUCACUUGACCAUAGUGAGGAAGAAGUUUUUCUUUUUCACUGUUGAAAUAAUACCAAAUGGGUUAGCAUUGCUAGCAACUUGUCAGGAAGGGCACAGGGGGAGUCUUGUGUACACUUUGCUUCCCAGAAAAAUGACUGAAAAGGCUUUAAACAAACACAGCAAAAGAAAAGGAUACAAGUAAUAUUGAAAUCUUCAAAAGCAGAUGACUAGAAAUUUGUACUUAUUAUGAUCUUCUUUGAAAGCUAAUGGCUGUGCAGUAGUCAGAUCCUUAUGAUGGGCCUUGGGAUGGUAGAGGUUAGGUCUGAAGUGUGCAGCCUUUGGUGGAGGUUAUCAAGACCAUGAUGACCAUAUUGGAUUGAUGAUAGAGAUUGCUUUGGUAGGGCUUAUUUAGAAAAGACUUCAAUUAUUGCUCUUCCAAAAUCAUAUAUAUGGAGGUGGUGGGUCUCUAUACAGUGUAAUUAGUGUUAAUUUUGAUUGUGGUUGGACUGAAAUAUAUUAAUAGAUGGUCUCCAGGGAUUUAAAUUCUAAAUCCCAAAAAUGAAUUAUUAAAGUAAACUGUAAAUUUAUGGUAGUUUUAUUUACAAUAGAGAGAAGAUAUUAAGGAAUGAGAGAGAGAGAGACAGACAGACAACUCUGGCUUCCUCUGAGCCAGGUAAAAAUUCUAAGGCCCUUAUCAGAGAAAAAAGUCUCAAGACUAUGGGCCUUUCUUGGAGGCUUACACCUCUGAGAAAAUCAGGGUUACUAAGUCAGCCUUUCACUCACCAAAGGUGAAUGUCUAAAAGGAAAGCAGUCUGAGGUCUCCUGCACAAGCUCCUCUAGGGGUCCAGUUCCACAGCCAAGCCCAAGUGUCCAUCUUCCAGGCUCUCCUCCAAGUGAGGGUUCUUUGAUCUAACUCAAAUCGAAUAAAAUUCUUCUGGCCUCUGGUCUUCUUUUUAAAGAUCUUUUUCUCGUGUCACCUCCCCUAAAUUUCAAGUCUACCAAUCACAGCAGAUGCUCCUCUCCAGGACUGCCCACUCUUUAGUUCACACCUUCUUUGUUUAGAUUAUACCUUUUUUGGUUACUUAACACCUUUUUUGGUUAGUUCACCUUUUGUAGUUAGUUAACACUUUUUUUGUGGUUAAAAUGUGUAGAUCUACUUCAAAUACUGAGUUACCACCUUUCUGGGAUUAAAAUCUAAAAAUAGGUUGUGGAUUACAAUUCAAUCUUCCCAAUAAAGGAAGAGCUAAGUAUCUUCAUUGUUAUAAUCACGGGAGAGCUAAAUCCAAUCUUCACAUUAGCCAUUGUGUACACAUGAGAGUAUUACCUUACAGGAACUAUUGAAAAUAUUUACACCUUUUCCUCACCAUUCAAACAUGUGAGAGGAUACAUUGAAAGUGAACUUGAUGGCAAACUAACCAGAGAAACAGAUUUUGAUUUUGCUGCUACAGGACUACCUUUACAAAAUUGUUAACCACUGGAGAUUACACUAACAACAUAACAAGGUAGUUAUGCUGUACUUAAGCAGUAAGCUUAUUUAGGUUAAAACAGUUUCAGUUAUGAUAAAUGUUGCUGUUUGACUUGCAAAUUGGGAGGCAUGUGUUUUUUGCAAAACAAAUAUAAGGGCUAAAUCUGCAAUUCAAAAUUAAAACACUUGGCAUGUUCCAGUUUAGUUAGUUUGGUAUUUAGUAAGGAAUGUAUACUUAGUUUUUUUUUAAGUUAAUGAGGACAAAUUUGAGACUCAAUACAGAUUUGUUCGAAUUUUGGUCUUGGUUUUUGUAUUAAAUUCUGAGACCUUGAUUUCAA